AAAGCAUUUAAGACUCGCUCAUUGCACAGCCGUUAGUCUUUGUUACUGCUGGAAGGUGAACCAAGCGGCAAUCAACCGCAUCCUUUUUAUUCGCUUCAACUCCUCCACUGAAACAUAUUCCGGUGCUUUCAAGAAUGUUACUUUUGAUGAUCCUUAGCUUUGCUGGUUAUUCGUUAGCCCUUUUCGAUACAAUACAGUCCGUAGCGGUUACUGGACGUUUGGUUUGCUAUGGGAAACCAGCUACUGAUAUCAAGGUGAAACUAUAUGAAAAAGAGAUAUUUUUUGACAAAAAAUUGGAUCAAGGAAAAACUGAUCAAGAUGGUAGAUUUUCUCUCCAUGGCUCAGCGGAGGAAUCCACUAGUAUCGAUCCAGCACUGUACAUCUAUCACACAUGCAACUACAAUACGCCACUCUUGUGCAGGAUAGCUAGCAUUGACAUCCCAAAGGACUUCGUAACCGAAGGCAACACACCCAACAAAACCUUUGAUGUCGGCACUAUCAACUUAGCUUACAAACUUAAGGACUCGCUCAUUGCUCAGCCGUCAGUCUCUACCACUGCUGAAAGGAUGCUACUUCUGAUAAUCCUUAGCUUUGCUGGGUACUCGCUGGCUUUUCUGGGUUUUGGUACAAUACAAUCCGUAGCGCUAUAUAACAUUGAGCCAGUGUGGGACGAAAAAUUGGAUGAAAAAAGAACCAAUCAAACCGGCGGAUUUUUACUUCAAGGCUCAACAACAGAAGCCACCAGUAUCGACCCAAAACUGUACAUCUAUCACACAUGCAACUAUGGAUGGUCUCUCUCGUGCAGGAAAUUUAGCAUUCACAUUCCAAGUGACUACAUUUCCGAAGGCACCAUACCCCACAAACCCUAUGAUAUCGGUACAAUCAACUUAGCUGGCAAAAUCAGUGGUGAAAAAUCAGGCCCCUUGAGUUGUUACUUACCUAGCUUGUUCUAGCAACUUAUCUGUAAUGUCCG